GUCACUAAUGCACUGGAACUGCAGGUUGCUGUGACUUUUGAUGAGGAACUAACUACUGGUUACCUUGGCCAGAUGAAUACCCAGGAAAACAAUAAAUAACUCUAAAUGUAUUUCAGCAUUAGGACAAAAGUUGCCUGUGCAACAUCCAGGAGGCUGAGACUACAAUGUACUUAAGUGGGUUUGAGAUCUCAGGAAGGAUGCAGUUUUGCUGUGAAUCUGUAAAUGGCUCCUGCAUAAAGAGCAGCUGGUCAAGCAAUAUCCGUAUCCCCAUGUAUAGCUUCAUGGUGUGCAUCAUCCUGGCCACGUUGGCUGGAAAUCUGACAGUUAUCAUCUCAAUAACACACUUCAAGCAGCUCCAUACGCCUACAAAUUUCUUGAUCCUUUCCAUGGCCACUGUUGACUUUUUGUUGGGGUGCUUCAUCAUGCCUUACAGCAUGGUGAGGUCUGUGGAGAACUGCUGGUACUUUGGAGAACUCUUCUGCAAAAUCCACACUAGCACAGACAUUAUGCUAAGCACAGCCUCCAUUUUCCAUCUUUCCUUCAUUUCUGUUGAUCGCUACUAUGCCGUGUGUGAUCCACUGAGAUACAAAUCUAAGAUAAAUACUUGCAUCAUAGUGGUCAUGAUCAUCAUAAGUUGGACCAUCCCUGCCAUUUUUGCCUUUGGGUUGAUCUUUCUGGAGCUAAACUUAAAAGGAGCAGAAGAGAUUUUCUAUAAUCAUAUCCACUGUGUUGGAGGCUGCUUUGUCUUCUUUAGUGAAACUUCAGGUGUGGUGGCCUCAAUGAUUUCCUUCUACAUCCCUGGAUUUGUUAUGUUGUGCAUCUAUGGGAAAAUAUACGCGAUAGCCAAGAGGCAGGCAAGAUCCAUUAGAGAUGCAGCUAUCCAAACGCAGAUCAGAUUUGAAAUGAAGCACCACAUUUCACCAAGUAGAGAAAGGAAAGCUGCAAAGACAUUAGGCAUAGUGAUGGGUGUUUUUCUCAUAUGUUGGUCUCCAUUUUUCUUCUGUACUGUCACUGACCCCUUUAUAAAUUACUCAACACCACCUAUUCUUAUUGAUGCGUUGGUGUGGUUUGGUUACCUGAAUUCUACAUUUAACCCAUUAGUGUAUGCAUUUUUUUACAUGUGGUUUCGCAGAGCACUAAAGCUGAUUCUGUUUGGUAAAGUUUUCAGACCAGACUCUUCCAGGACUCAAUUAUUUUUAGAAUAAUAUACUUAUAGUUUUUGGACUCACUACAUUUAGCAAUUGGUUGGAGAUUGUACUUACACAGAUAACAGCUAAAAGAGACGAAAAUCAACAGCUGUUUGUUUACCCAUUUGUGAAGUCUGGUUCAGGUUGCAAACUGUGGUACCUUAAACCUUGUCUCAGUACAGACUAGAACUUGCCUCAAAUUAGGCUUAGUGCUUUGGUUAUUAUGAUUAAUGAUUUAUUUAGCACUUACAAUGUGCUGAGCUCUCUACAAUAUACAAAAGGGAGCUUGCAGUUUAAAAGAACAUUAAAUCACUUUGUGAGAGAAAUCAUGUAAUUCUGAUAUACUAAGCACUGUUUUCUUUUGGAAGGCCUGUCUCACACUUUUAUAAAGCAAGCACUCAACAGAUUUCGUUGCUGAACUGAGGUUUGUAUGAAUCUGCAGCCCUCUAAGCAGAACAACAAAGGGCUUUCCUUUUGGAUUUCCACUGAUGACCCGAAGAUGAAAGAACAUAGCUUUUAUCAUAAAGCUAUUCUCCUUUCAGUAUAUAUUAAUAUUUCUUAAGUGAUAAUUUUAAGAUCCCAAUGUUAAAUGGUAUCAAAACAGUACCAAAGGUAAGUGAACUUUAGCAAACAGAACUCAGAAGCAACACUGAACAUCUAGGGGCUAGAAUCUGAAAAUCAUUGCAAAUUGUAUUGGCCAGUGUCCUCUACUGGUUGCAAGUAGAUGAUACUGUUCUGUUAUGUAAAACGAACAAUGUAAAAUGUGUAGCGACUAAAGGUUUUAGCUAAGAUGUAUUGUUAUUUUAACAAAUGGCAACAAAAAAUUGUUGAUUGACACUUUUUGUUGACUUUUAAAAUAUAACAUUGCUAUGCUAAAAUGAAUAUCAUGCUCCCAAACUGAAACAGAAAUAAUAUCUCAGGCCUGAUCUUGCAAACACUGCAAGGAGUAAUACUUACUACUGGACACAGUCAUUACUGAGCAGUCAGUGGAGCGAGACUCUAUAGUAAGAGCUAUACGCAGUAAUAAAUGAUUACAGUAUCAAAUCCUGUGCUGAUAUGGAUAGGAAAAGUGUGUGCCAUUUGUUGCAUCUUGUCUCUUAGUCUGUGUUUUGUACAACACCUAGCAUAAGGAGAAUGCAAGUUGCCUAUUAAUGUUUCACUGGGAAAUUAAAAUAAUGCUCCCUUUCACCAGACCAAACUAUCAAUACUCCCUGUUGUCUCUUUUAUUCUAUUAUUGUUACACUGACAUCUUGUAAAUCUGUA